CUUUGUUAUUUCUUUUGCCGUGAAAGUAUCCAUUGCUUUCAAGAAGUGGAAAGAUGAAUAGACUAAUAUAUGAAUCGCGUGACCUGGGCCUCAACAAGGUGGCAUUGGAUGAUCUUCCGGGUGGACCAGAGGCCUUUGAGCUUGCAGCAAAAUUCUGCUAUGGCAUAGCUGUUGAUCUAACAGCUGCCAAUAUCUCUGGCCUAAGAUGUGCUGCAGAGUACCUUGAAAUGACAGAGGACUUGGAAGAAGGCAAUCUUACUUUCAAGACCGAAGCAUUUCUCAGUUAUGUGGUGCUAUCCUCGUGGAGAGAUUCUAUAGUGGUAUUGAAAAGCUGUGAGAAGCUCUCACCAUGGGCAGAGAAUCUUCAGAUUGUUCGAAGAUGUAGUGAGUCCAUCGCUUGGAAGGCUUGCGCAAAUCCUAAAGGAAUAAGGUGGGCAUACACUGGAAAACCCCCUAAAGUUUCUAGUCCAAAAUGGAAUGAGAUGAAGGGUUCAAGUCCUAGUAGAAACACGCAAGUUCCGCCUGAUUGGUGGUUUGAAGAUGUUUCAAUCCUUAGGAUUGAUCACUUUGUUAGAGUCAUUACUGCAAUCAAGGUAAAGGGGAUGAGGUUUGAAUUGAUUGGAGCUGCUAUAAUGCAUUAUGCAGGAAAGUGGCUUCCAGGUUUGAUUAAAGAUGGGGGAGGUUCUAUAGAUGAAGCAGGCAAUAGUAGUGGUUGCAGUAGUUGGAAAGGUGGACUCCAUAUGAUUGUGGCAGGAACUAAAGAUGACAUCCCAACAGCUGAAACCAAAGAUCAACGGAUGAUCGUCGAGAGCCUGAUCAGCAUAAUUCCACCACAGAAGGAUAGUGUCUCUUGCAGCUUCCUUCUUCGCCUGCUGAGAAUGGCAAACAUGUUGAAAGUGGCACCUGCUCUGGUAACUGAAUUGGAGAAGCGCGUAGGAAUGCAGUUCGAACAGGCUACAUUGGCAGAUCUUCUAAUUCCCUCUUACAAUAAAAAUGAAACUUCGUAUGAUGUGGAUCUGGUUCAGAGACUUCUCGAGCAUUUUCUGGUUCAAGAGCAGAUAGAAAGUUCAAGUCCCACCACACAAUCAUUUUCUGACAAACAUAUGUACGACGGAGCUCCAAGGUGUGCCAAUCCAAGUGCCAAGAUCAGAGUAGCAAGGCUUGUUGACAGUUAUCUUACAGAGGUGUCCAGAGAUAGAAACCUUUCGCUAACAAAAUUCCAGGUGCUGGCAGAAGCUUUGCCUGAUUCUGCAAGGACCUGUGACGAUGGACUAUAUAGAGCAGUUGAUUCCUAUCUUAAGGCUCACCCAACACUGUCUGAGCAUGAAAGGAAGCGCCUCUGUCGUGUGAUGGACUGUCAAAAACUGUCAAUUGAUGCCUGUAUGCAUGCCGCUCAAAAUGAAAGACUACCACUUAGAGUUGUAGUCCAAGUACUCUUUUCUGAACAGGUAAAAAUAAGCAAUGCAUUAGCAAACAAUUCCCUGAAAGAAACUGGUGAAACUCAGUACCAACCUAUGAUAUCAAACCGAAAAUCUCUACUUGAAGGGACGCCACAAUCAUUCCAGGAAGGAUGGGCAGCAGCCAAGAAGGACAUUAACUCACUCAAGUUUGAACUCGAAACCAUCAAGGCUAAAUAUCAUGAGCUCCAAAAUGAUAUGGACAUUUUGCAGAGACAGUUUGAUAAAUUGACAAAUAAGAAACAGGCGUCAGCAUGGACCACGGGGUGGAAGAAACUAAGCAAAUUCACCAAGAUGACAACUUUGGAAAGCCAUGAUAUCGAUCCUCAGUUUGCUACAGUUCCUGGAGAACAUACUAGGAAGACAACUAGAAGGUGGAGAAAUUCUAUUUCCUGAAAGGUGAUAUAGUUCAUUUUGAUUCUGUUUUCCUAGUGUUUACUUUUAUUUUCUUUCUACUUCUUUGUUUCUUUGGAAGUGCAGGGUUUCGUUCUUUCUAUUUUUAUUCAAUUUUCAGAAAUUACCUUGAAAAAAUUAGUGCAAGUCCAAUUUGUUACCAAAGUAUGCUUUUGUGUCAUCAAUGAGUUGUUAAUUCUCAAUUAAAGUGUACUUGGUUUUCGAAGGAA